UUUUUCUGUGGGGUGGUAGAUUCUGGUGCACGUUGGGUGGGCGAGUUUAUUUGGCCAGGUGUUUUCUAGCGGUUAUUUAUCGCUUAAGCAAAUUAAUACCAUAUAACUAUUUCGUGUCCAGUGGUAAACUAAUAUUGCGAGGCACUGGCAACAAAUCAUUGUAUACAAGGAAAGGCUAGGCAAUUGAAGGGAGUAUAUCGAAUAUGUUUCGGUUGUUAGCAGCUAAUUGCAAUCGACAUUUAACACAGCAAUUGUCAAAAUAUCAUCAAGUGCCCCACACGCAAUCAACUGGCAUAAGCAAUUUUAGCACUCAUCUAAAAAAUGCUAACAAAUUGCUCAGCGCUGUAGAACAGCAGGCAGGCAAAGCGAUAGAAAACAAUGGGAAGCGGAUCUUGAAUACUCGACUUCUGGUAUUGAGCGGAUGCGGUGUGUCAUUAGGUUUGGGCACACGUACAUACCUAGCUUUCACCAAACAAGUGCACUGUGAAGCCAACCGAUUGACGGGUGUACUACAAAAAACACUUCCUUCGGAAGACGGUAAAUUUGACUGGAAAAGAUUGUGGUCGUAUUUGGAGCCACAUUUAUGGGAGCUGCUAGGUGCUAUUGCUGCUGCGCUAAUUGUCGCUUUCAUCAAUAUACGCAUUCCAAACCUACUCGGAGAUCUCGUCAACACUCUAGCACGUUAUGCCAAUACAUACGUAAAAGAUCCGCUCCAUAAUUCAUUUUUCAGCGAUGUCAGGCGUCCAGCGAGCAACUUACUAAGCCUGUAUUUCUUGCAAUCUGGUUUCACAUUUAUUUACAUCUAUCUGCUAAGUCGCGUUGGCGAACGAAUAGCUGCCAAACUGCGACAAGAUUUGUUCAAGCAGAUUAUUCUGCAAGAUAUCGCAUUUUUCGAUGCCAAUCGCACCGGUGAACUGGUGAAUCGUCUUACCGCUGAUGUACAAGACUUCAAAGCAUGUUUCAAGCAGUUCUUUUCCCAAGGUUUGCGCAGCAUGGCUCAACUUGUUGGAGGAGGUGUAUCACUCUUCCUCAUCUCGCCGCAUAUGGCUGCCAUAGCGUUGGCUGCAGUGCCAGUCGUUGUUGCUUUCAUGUCGUAUCUGGGGCGAAAGCUGCGGAAUUUGAGCAGAAAUGCUCAAGCACAGUCCGAAAGGGCUACGGCAGUAUGUGAAGAGGCACUCUCUAACAUACGCACUGUACGUUCAAGUGCUUGCGAAUAUCGUGAAAUGGAGCUCUUCAAACAAGAAACUAAUGAGGCAGCGCGGUUGGCGCAGGAGCUUGGUUACGGCAUUGCUAUUUUUCAGGGAUUAACGAACUUUUUUCUUAAUGGCUUAGUGUUAACCACGCUUUUCAUGGGUGGUCACCUGAUGUCUACCGAAAGCCUUUCGCCAGGUGCAUUAAUGGCUUUCCUAGUUGCAUCGCAGGGUGUGCAAAGAUCGCUGGCCCAAGGGUCUAUCUUAUUGGGCACUAUGAUUCGUGGAAUGACGGCGGGCUCGCGAGUGUUUGAGUAUCUUCAAUUGCAACCGAAAGUGGAAUUACUGCGUGGCUAUGAAAUUCCACAAAAACAUCUGAAUGGUGAAAUCCGCUUCGAAAACGUAACCUUUGCAUAUCCUUCUAGACCAGAUCAUAUUGUUUUAAAAGACUUUAACCUAAUAUUACGUCCUGGUCAGACAGUAGCACUGGUAGGCGCUUCCGGCUCUGGAAAAUCAACUAUCGCAGCCCUUGUUGAACGUUUUUAUGAACCCAUUUCCGGUAAUAUUAAAUUAGAUGGCUACAAACUAUCUGACAUCGCGCCUUAUUGGCUACGUGGCAACGUUCUCGGUUUCAUCGAACAACAACCAAUACUCUUCGCAACGACAAUACUCGAGAAUAUACGUUACGGGCGUCCAGGCGCCAAGGAAGAAGAUGUUUAUGCCGCAGCGAAGUUAUCGCAAUCGCAUGACUUUGUUAGCGCACUACCUGAUGGCUACGGUACUAAUGUUGGAGAGCGUGGUACACAAUUGAGUGGUGGUCAACGGCAACGUAUUGCAAUAGCGCGCGCCUUACUUAAAAAUCCUAAAAUCCUUAUACUUGAUGAGGCAACCAGCGCACUGGAUGCGACAAGUGAAGCCGAGGUACAAAAGGCUUUAGACACAGCAGUACUUAACCGCACGACGCUAGUAAUAGCGCACCGAUUGUCGACCAUAAGAAAUGCUGAUCUUAUUGUAGUGAUGGAACAUGGUCGGAUAGUAGAGUCAGGCAAACACGAUGAGCUUAUGGCUAAAGGCGGGCUCUAUUACGAACUGGUGCGCCAACAAGAGCGGCGAACUGUGCAAGAAUCGGAACAGAAUGAAGCUAACACUGCCAGCGAAGGCGAAAGCAGUUUUACUGCAAAUGCCAACCGCCCAAAUAUGCAACAGGGAUAGGAUGCCCUAUCGAGUUUAUAACAACUGACGACAAUACCUCUAAAAAUUCCCCCAGGCUUUCCCUAAUUGAUGAUGUUACUUUGAACUAUUUAUUUCAGUACUUACAAAAGGUGCUACCAGUUUGGUAUUGGACCUAAAAUGCCUUCUUAUUGGCAUUUUUUGAAAUUUUUUCGAUACAAAUGAGUAUGAAUUAAUUAUGGAAAUAAAUUUAAUUUAAGUUUAAGUGACAGACAAAGUUUAAAGGAGUAUUUUAACGAUUGUUGAUAAUAAAACUGCUGAUUGUUAAUAUUUA